UCAUGCUGCUGCCAGGUCCAGAGUCUCUCAUGGGUCCCUGUACGGCCUCCCAUUGCUGCUGUCUCCAUCGCCACACUCUGCCAUGUGCCACUUUCAGGUCUCCUCACACUGCUGGUGUGUUGAAUUUUUUGACAUAGGGUGCUGGCAGAUUACGGGCCUCCCAUAGCUGCUGCCAGGCCCCUAAUCUGCCAUGGGCCCCUAUACCGCCUCCUCAUGCUGCUGCCAGGUCCAGAGUCUCUCAUGGGUCCCUGUACGGCCUCCCAUUGCUGCUGUCUCCAUCGCCACACUCUGCCAUGUGCCACUUUCAGGUCUCCUCACACACUGCUGGUGUGUUGAAUUUUUUGAC